AAAGAAUUUAAACUCGUAAAGAAGACACAGCUGAGCCACAACUCUGCAAGAUUCAGAUUUGCCCUUCCUACUCCUUCUUCAAUAUUAGGUCUUCCUGUUGGAAACAACAUACUUGUUAGAGGAAGAGAUAGCCAAGGAGAAGAAGUUCUGAGAUCAUAUACUCCAAUCACGUUGGAUUCAGAUGUUGGGUACUUCGAGUUGGUUGUGAAGAUGUACCCAAAUGGAAAGAUGUCCCACCAUUUUAGACAAAUGAAGGAAGGUGAUUAUUUGGCUGUGAGGGGUCCAAAGGGACGUUUCAGUUACAAACCUGGCCAAGUUAGGGCAUUCGGAAUGAUUGCAGGAGGCUCAGGCAUAACUCCUAUGUUUCAGCUCAUAAGAGCCAUUCUAGAAAACCCUAAAGACAAAACAAAGGUGCAUCUCAUUUAUGCCAAUGUAACAGUGGAUGACAUUUUAUUGAAGGAAGAACUAGAUAAUUUUGCCGAAAAAUUUCCUCAAAGAUUUGAAGUAUAUCAUGUUCUUAAUAAGCCUCCUCAACAAUGGAAUGGUGGCAUUGGGUUUGUAUCGAAGGAGAUUAUUAAAUCACAUUGCCCUGAACCAGCAAAAGAUAUUCAGAUACUAAGGUGUGGUCCACCAGCAAUGAACACAGCCAUGGCUACUCACCUUGAUGCACUUGGCUACACAUCAGACAUGCAGUUCCAAUUCUAAGUUUCAAUCUAAUUCCUUUCAUUCUAUUCUUCUUCUUACCUACUUUUCAUAUGUGUGUGCUUAGCAAAUUUAAUCACAUUAUUCAUUUGAAGACAGUUGAUGUAAAGUGAUGAGAGUGACACUUAUCAGCUUAGUGUUUCUUUCUACUUGCCAAACAGCCAAAUGUGCAUAAUAAAAAUGCUCCUCCUAAUUGUG